CUCCUCCUCCAAUCCGGAUUCUGUUCCGGGAAUAAGGGGGGGUGAGCCCCCCUCCCAACCUGCCUGCUUCUCCCGGAAGUGGAGCUUCCACUCCGGAUUGCUGCUCUGCGCCGUAGCUCUAGGGGCGCGCCCUUUCGGAAAGGGGAGGAGGGGCGGCAGGGGACCCCCCCCAACAAAACAUCGAAGUUGCAGGAAAGGAAAGGAGAAUCGCGAGCGAGGACAAAGAGGCAAUGUCAGAGUGACUGACAAGCUGAGAUACUUCCCAGUCAAAGGACCCAUUUUCAUGAUAGACAGUGCUUGUGGCUGGAGGCUCUACAGACAGGGUGUGCCUAUGGAGGCCAAAGACUGGCAGUAUUAGCACAGGAUUUCCUUUCCUCCAACGCUGAGGAGGGUUAUGGAGAAGAGAGACAGACUUCCAGGGGAAAGGGCACCUUUGGUUUCACUAGAUAUAGACAUUAAAAUGUGUGAAAUCUGGAACAUGCUUCAUUGAAUGAACACACAUAGCUCACAUCAACAAACCCCAAAAGUGGCGAACCAUUUAAAGGUAUAGAGUGUGAAAAGACUUUCACUGAUAGAACACAUCAGCCGACUCACAUGGGCAAGAAAGGAUUCAAAUGCAAGGAGUGUGGGAAGAUCUUCAGUCAGAGUGGAAACCUCAAUAUACAUCAACGGACUCACACAGGGGAAAAACCAUUUAAAUGCAUGGAGUGUGGAAAGAGCUUCAUUCAGAGUGGACACCUGAGAAGACAUCAACGUACUCACACAGGGGAGAAACCAUAUGAAUGUAUGGAGUGCAGAAAGAGCUUUCGUGAUAAUAGAACCCUUAGACGACAUCAACGGACUCACACAGGGGAGAAACCAUAUGAAUGUAUGGAGUGUGGGAAGAGCUUCAGUUACGAUGCAGGCCUUAGAUCACAUCAACGGACUCACACAGGGGAGAAACCAUAUGAAUGUAUGGAGUGUGGGAAGAGCUUCAGUUACGAUGCAGGCCUUAGAUCACAUCAACGGACUCACACAGGGGAGAAACCAUUUAAAUGUAUAGAGUGUGGAAAGAGCUUUAGUGAUAAUGGAACCCUUAGAAGACAUCAACGGACUCACACAGAGGAGAAACCAUAUGAAUGUAUGGAGUGUGGAAAGAGCUUUAGUGAUAAUGGAACCCUUAGAACACAUCAAUGGACUCACACAGGGGAGAAACCAUUUAAAUGUAUGGAGUGUGGGAAGAGCUUCAGUUACGAUGCAGGCCUUAGAUCACAUCAACGGACUCACACAGGGGAGAAACCAUAUGAAUGUAUGGAGUGUGGGAAGAGCUUCAGUUACGAUGCAGGCCUUAGAUCACAUCAACGGACUCACACAGGGGAGAAACCAUAUGAAUGUAUGGAGUGUGGGAAGAGCUUCAGUUACCAUGCAGGCCUUAGAUCACAUCAACGGACUCACACAGGGGAGAAACCAUAUGAAUGUAUGGAGUGUGGGAAGAGCUUCAGUUACCAUGCAGGCCUUAGAUCACAUCAACGGACUCACACAGAGGAGAAACCAUGUGAAUGUAUGGAGUGUGGAAAGAGCUUUAGUGAUAAUGGAACCCAUAGAAGACAUCAACGGACUCACACAGGGGAGAAACCAUUUAAAUGUAUAGAGUGCGGAAGAAAAUUCAGUCAGAGUGGACACCUAAAUAUGCAUCAACUGACUCACACGGGUGAAAAACCUUUUAAAUGCAUGGAGUGCGGAAAGAGCUUUAGUGAUAAUGGAACCCUUAGAACACAUCAACGGACUCACACAGGGGAGAAACCAUAUGAAUGUAUGGAGUGCGGAAAGAGCUUCAGUUUCAAUGGAAGCCUUAGAAGACAUCAACGGACUCACACGGGGGAGAAACCAUAUGAAUGUAUGGAGUGCGGAAAGAGCUUUUGUUAUAAUGGAACCCUUAGAACACAUCAACGGACUCAUACAGGGGAGAAACCAUAUGAAUGUAUGGCGUGCGGAAAGAGCUUUCGUGAUAACCGCAACCUUAGAAGACAUCAACAGACUCACACAGGGGAGAAACCAUGUAAAUGUAUGGAGUGUGGAAAGAGCUUUAGUGAUAAUGGAACCCUUAGAAGACAUCAACGGACUCACACAGGGGAGAAACCAUAUAAAUGUAUGCAUUGUGGAAAGAGCUUCAGUAAUAGUGGAAACUUCAAUAAACAUCAACGGACUCACACAGGGGAGAAACCAUAUGAAUGUAUGGAGUGCGGAAAGAGCUUCAGUUUCAAAGGAAGCCUUAGAAUACAUCAACGGACACACACGGGGGAGAAACCAUAUGAAUGUAUAGAGUGUGGAACGAGCUUUAGUGAUAAUGGAACCCUUAGAACACAUCAACGGACUCACACAGGGGAGAAACCAUAUAAAUGUAUGCAUUGUGGAAAGAGCUUCAGUAAUAGUGGAAACUUCAAUAUACAUCAACGGACUCACACAGGGGAGAAACCAUUUAAUUGCAUGGAGUGCGGAAGGAAAUUCAGUCAGAGUCGACACCUCAGCGUGCAUCAACUGACUCACACAGGGGAGAAACCAUAUGAAUGAUUUGUUCUCAGGAGCUAAGUUUUGUGCCUCACUGUGGUCCCAGUCAUAACUGUAGCCUUUGAAAGCUCAGUAAACUAUUACUGAAGAAGU